GUUAACGUGAUUUGGAAUUGAUAAGACUACUCCAAGUUUUUCUUUAAAAGUCUAAUGAAAACAAACUAUCCUGAUGAAUUUCGCAGUUAGUCAUUAAUAAUAAUAGUUACCGCUAUGGAUAUUACAAGAUUGGGCAUUGACAUUAGUGAUUGUUGUAAUUACUUAGAUUCUAACAAAGUGACAGAAAGAAAGAAACGAGUUUUGGAACUGAAAGAACUCUUAGAAAUUUCAAGGACUGUUGAUUUACUGAAUGAAAACUCAGAAAAAGAUAGAGGACUGUGUUGGGACAAUGUUUUUUCAGCAGUUCAUAGGUGUUUGUUGAAGGAAAUAGACCGCCUUUUAGAAGAUCUAACAAAGAAAGGUAAAAUUCAACCAGCGACUGGACUUGCUAUUUCAUCUUGCUGUGGUCUGCAAGUAUUGAUAGUUUCUCAAGCUAACACAGGAACUCCAUAUCUUGCCUGUCAUGAGCUCUUUUCUUGUAUUCUUCAAAUUCUUGAACAAUAUAGUUGUAAUUAUAAGAGUGUUACCAUACUGGAGACUUAUAUUAAUAUUCUUGGACUUGCUCUAUCAUGUGAAAAAUACUGGGGUGAAAUAGACUUCCAAACUUGGAAAGCUCUUCUUCAAGUAUGUGUUUCAUUGCUAAGAGAAGAAAACUCAGAAAAAAUUAAGUCUAUGCUUAUGUCAGUUAUCAAUGUUAUUAUACUUCAAGGAGGAAGGAUGACAUCAUUGAUUCUGAAGUCUAAAUCUCUUUUACAAUUGUUUCCUGAAAUAUUCAAAGAACUUGUUCCCAGCCGUUACCCACCUGUUGAAUUAUGUGGAAUUCAGUUGUCAUAUACUAUGUGUUUACAGUUUGGAAAGGAAUUUCAUCUUGCUGUUGAUACAUUUAUUGAUGAAAUGAUACCAGUCAUUAUAAAGCUGAAUGAUAAUAGGGUUUCAUCAGAUGCAGUAUUCAAAGAACUCUUGUCACAAUUACUAAUUGAAGUAGUUAGUAUCAAAACUCUAAAGUCCAAUUGGCAAAAGGAGGCAAACUCACUCCUGAAAUUUGUUGAAAAUGAAUUAGCAGACAUCAGCAAACACAAAUUGUCGUUUCCCAAGGAACCUAAAGUUAUUACGCUUGGUGUCAAACUAACCAAAUAUUUAACAAAAGAGUACAGCAACAGGAGUGAAUUUCAGGAGAGUGAACCGAAAAGAAGAAAAACUAACAGUUUCAUUGGAAGAGUUUUGGAUAAUCUUUCUCUGUAUCCACAUUGUCCUUGGCCUUGGUUAUCUUACAUGGAUAAUUUGCUUGAAAAGGCUCCUGAAGUUGUUUUAGAAGAAGAUAUCUACUCUCUUUUUGAAUAUUUUUCAAAACAUAUGACAUUGAUCAAUGACCCAAUCUGUCUUCAAUAUAUGAUAAUGUCAUCGUUACGCCUCAUAAAUAUUUCAAAAGGAAAAAUUGGUGAUAAAAGUUGUUCAGAUUUUCUUGAUUUCCUUUGGACAACUGCAGUCAGGUUUGUAAAUCAUCCGAAACUUAAAGAAGUAGGAUUGACAUUGGUUUCAAAUCUCCUCAGUAAUGAUGAGUGGAUUAAUUUUGAUUGUGCUAACUCUAUUUUAGAAUCAUAUAUUAACUGCAAAAUUGAGGUUACAAAAACUUCAUUGAAAACUCUUUCACAACUCAGUGCUGCUGGAUUUUUAACGACAACAGAUAUCAGAAUAAAACUCAUUCAUUGGUACUUCAGUGGUGCAAUUUAUUCAGUAGAAACAUUACUUUGUUUAAUUCUGAGAUCUAAGUUUCCCUGCUGGAUUCCAACUCUUCAAACAGAUUUCCCUCUUACUGAAAUUGAGCAUUUUCAUAUUGUUGCAACUCUUGGUGCUCUCCCUGUCCCUCAAAUGAAGUCCUCUCAGGUUACAGAUACUAUACCAUUAUUGCUUUUGUUCGAUAAGAAGGGUGAAUUGAAUGGACCAAUUCAUAAACUUCUCUCAUCAUUUUCUAAACGCAUUAAUAAAAAGAGAUACGGUCCAGAAAUCAUUUCGAAGUAUGUUUCUGUUCUUGCUCACAUUUGUGAGUGUGAUCCAGAUGGAGUUCAUAUAAUUGAUAAUGAAAAUGGCAAGAAACAGCACAUUUUGUAUUAUCUGCUUGAGUUUUUGAACAGUCCAUUUCAUCAGUUGGAAAAAGGUCAAAAAGAAUUAUCUUCUAUUUAUGAAGAGACAAAAAUCUCAAGAUAUUCUACUGAAGAUUGUGCUGCAAGCCCUAUUCAUAAAUUAAUAUCAAAAUUAGUUAUCCUCGCAACAUCUUCGGAUGAUCAGAUAAAGGAUCGUGCUGCUGAAUGCUUAGGGAGAAUUGGUCCCCGGAAUUUAAACACUCUUGCACUUCAGCCGGAUCUUGAUAAAGAAUCUCCGCCAUUGUCUGCAAAAGUAGUUUCAUUAUUACUGCCUUUACUGGUCCACAAUGAUCUUGAAACCUGUGAAUUAGCAGUUACAGCCAUUGUUGAAGUAUUUGAAACUAAGGAAGGGUUAGAAGCUCUAGAUGAUCUUGACAUGUUUCAGAAAACGUUUCUGACUCCUUUCGUUUACCAUAAUAAAAAAACAAAAAGUUUUUCCAAAGAUUAUUCUGUUCAAAAGCUUGCUUGGGCUUCUAUGCAAGAUUCUGAAAGUCCUUCCAGGGGUUGGUGUCUCUGGUCUGGUAAUGAUCAUUCUGAAUGGGUGAGGACGGUUGUGUCCCGCCUGCUGGCAUCUUUCAACAGCGGGUAUCUACCCUUAUUAGCUCCCCUUGCUGCAAAGGAGAACUAUAAGGAAAUCGGUGAAAGUGACAGUGUUGAAAGUUGUGCUAGAUUGCUUAUCAAUGAUCCACAAGCUAGAAUGCGCUACUUUAAAGAAAUGGGAUUAUGGCAACAACUUGUUGCCGAAGCUGAGGUUGAAGAUGAUCAUGAAGCUCUUUCACAUGGCCUUCUGAUGUCUGGUAUGUUUACUUGCGCUUCACGUGUGCAAGGUUGUGGAUGGGAAGCUGCUUGGCGUUUAUUGCAGUGGAAUAUUGAGCAGCCACAAAAAGUAAACAAAGAUUUCUCUUCUCUUCAUUACUCUGCCCUGAGAUCCAUCCUUCACCUGAAAGAUAAACAGUCUGCUUUGAUCUUCUUGGAAUCUGCAAAGAAACUCGUUCUCAGUGACUUGGCCCAUGCAAGCCUUGAAGUAGCCGCUUCAGUAUACCUCCCAUUAUCUAAACUACAACUAGUUUCUGAAUUGGAAAUGUGGUGUACUAAUGAGGAAGUUAACCAGGUUAUACCUGAUGCCAAUUGGAUCCAUAUUGAACCACUUUUAAUGCAAAGAGGUUUAAUUUGGGGUGAAGCUGAACAAUUGCUUUCUACAGCUAAAAUUGCAAGAAACAAUUCGUCCCUUUUAAUUGCUCGGAGUUUGAUAAAUAAAAUUAAAAAGGCAGAUGUGCCUAAAGGACUGCGGAAUGAAGCUAAGUUUGAAGAAGCUCAAAUUCAUUGGGAAUCUGGCAGCUCAGAAACUGCUAAAUUUUUGUUGAAGAACUUAUUAAAUCAUGAUCUCGAACCUUAUCUGAAAUUAAAAUGCUUGUUAAAAUAUGGUAAUUGGAUAUCUGAAACUAAAUCACAAAGUGCAAAAGAAAUUAUAGAAGAGUAUUUUAAAAAGGUUUCUCAUAUGAGGGAUACUAAAGAAAAUCUUAAAGCUUUUCAGUCUUGUCCUGCAUCAAAACUUAACAAUGAAGAAUUGAAAUCCUCAAAAAUCUAUCAGUGUAACUUGGACAUUGACAAAGCAGAGAUUGAGACCAUUUGCAAAGAGCAUUCUGUAUUUCUCAAGCUUGCUGUCAGAGAGUAUUUAUACAGCCUUCAGCAUGACGCUGCAUCUUCGGAUAAAAUGUUUCGAUUUGUUUCCUUGUGGCUAUCGAAUAACAGGAUUCCUGGUUUGAAAGAAGAGCUUGAUCAUCAUUUAGAUAAAGUCCCAUCGUAUCGAUUUAUACCAGUUUUUCCUCAACUUAGUGUCAGGAUAUCACUGGAAAACAGUCACUUUUCAAGAACAUUAACUUCCCUUCUUGAGCGAUGUUCAACAGAGCAUCCUCAUCAUUGUUUAUGGCACCUCUUGGCACUGGCUAAUGCUGAAAAGGAUCAACCAAAGUCUGAAAUUCCACCAGCUCCUAGAGUUCAGGGUUCUAUCAAACUGUUGAGUAAUAUACUUAAAGAUUCAUCUGUUGGAAAAAUUGUAAAGUCCAUGCAAGAUUUGGCCCUGGCUUACAUAAGCUUUGCAAAUCUUGAACUGCCUAAAACAAUUAAACCUGGAGAAAGUUUUAAGAUUCCUAAAAAUGAAAAAUUGAGAGAAAUGAAAGAUCUAACCCAUAUUGCCUCAGCAACAGUAACAGUUCCCAUCAGUAAAAAUGCUGACUAUAAAGAUAUUCCAGGUCUAGUUGCUAUUGAAGAUGCUUUUCAAAUUGCUGGUGGCAUAAAUCAGCCUAAGAAGAUCAAGGUUCUUUCUUCGGAUGGAAAAGUGAAGACAGAACUUGUCAAAGGUCGAGAUGAUAUUAGACAAGAUGCUUUGAUGCAACAAGUGUUUUCUGUGUUAAACACUUUGCUAGAAUCUGAUGAGAUCACUUCUAGAAGAAGACUUAAUAUACGAACUUACAAAGUAGUUCCUAUGACUCAGAAAAGUGGAGUAAUAGAAUGGUGCAGUAAUACAGAACCUCUCGGUUUAUACCUGUCUAAAGCUCAUUCUCGCCACAGACCUCAUGAUAUGAGUCAGAUGAAAUGUAAAUUGAACUUACAGAAUGUUGCUCAAAAGUCCAAUGAAGAAAAAUUGGAGAUGUUCAAGAUUAUUUGCUCCAAAUUCAAACCUGUGAUGAGACAUUUUUUUCUUGAGCGUUACCUAACACCAGGCGUAUGUGUUGCUACAAACUCAAUGAUUGGAUAUGUCAUGGGAAUUGGUGAUCGCCAUGUCUUUAAUAUACUUAUUGAUAAUGAAACAGCUGAAGUUAUCCACAUAGAUUUUGGUAUUUCUUUUGAACUUGGUCGAAUAUUACCAACACCUGAAACAGUGCCAUUCAGGUUAACCAGAGAUAUAGAAGAUGGAAUGGGCAUAACAGGAGUUGAAGGAGCCUUUAGAAAAUGCUGUGAAGAAACCUUACGGGUUCUACGCAAGAAAUCUGAGCCAAUUUUAACAACUCUAGAAGCUCUUCUUUAUGACCCUCUUUACAGUUGGUCUGUAAAAAAACCAAGGUCUGAGCAGUCUCAACAAUCAAUACCUGACAUAAGUAUGGAUGAAACAAAUAAGUUGGCCGAAAGGUUCUUGCAGAGGUUACAGUUGAAGUUAGAAGGCCGUGAAGAUAGUGGAAUAUCUAGUAUUGAAGCUCAAGUAAGAAAUCUCAUCAUAGAAGCAAAGGAUCCAAAUAAUCUUAGUCGCUUGUUCAGAGGCUGGCAAGCUUAUUUGUGAUAAUUUUACAUGUAAUUAGUAUUAGUGCAUUUGUUGAAGAGCUAUAUAUUUUAUAAUGUAUAGUUUUGAUAUAUUGUUAUUACCUCUUAUUAUUAGCAGUAGACCAUUUUGUCCAGUGUAAGCCAAGUGAAAUUCAGUUUAAUAUCGCAGAUAAUGUUACAGUAGAAACUGAUUGAAACCGAAUGUAAUCAUGUAAUCAAAUAAUUUACAGUCAAAGGUAUAAUUAAAUCUUAGGCAUCUGAAAUGAAAUUAUAAUGAACCCUUUUUUUUUACAUCAUAUAAUGUAAUACAAUGAAACAUUGUUGAGUGGAAUUCAAGCUUUUCAAAUCUACUACAAAUGUAAUCUAUUCUUGAUUCUACCACUUCUUUCUUAUAACUUUUUAUCAUCUGAAGUUGAUUGUUUCAUAGUUUAAUAUUUCAUUAUGUUUAUAAAUAGCUAUAGAGUAGACCUGAGUCAAUUUAAUAGUUUCUAUUAUUGACUUCCUACUAUUUUGUUUUUUUAGAGUUAUGUUUAUAGGUUUUUUUUUUUCAUUCAAUAAAGUUUAUUGCUUAAGUUUCUAAUGAUUGUAUUUUAACCUAAUGGUUAAAAAUGCAACCUUCAUUUACACACAAAUUUUAAAAGAUUCUUACUUCGGUUUAUUUUGUAAAAAUUGAAUGGUUGUCGUGUCACACUUCCAUAAAGAGAGGGAAACAACUUAAACAGUACGUUUUUGUAAGAUCUGAUAUGAGGUAAACAACAAAAUGUUAUAGAAUCUCGAAACAGAUUGCUGCCAGUUCAUUUUUGGUGUUAUUGUUUUAGCCAAUAUUAGGAAAUGGCAUAUUCAAGCCGAAACGGAGAGCAUCCAACUAUAUAUAAGCUUCUUAUUAUUAUGAUUUUGAGUUGAGUUGUAGCUCUUUCAUUCUGGCUGUGAGAUAGUAGAUUAGUAUUUUGUCAUUUAACCCACAUUUAAUCAUGUAACUAGUUCAUUCUUCUUUUAUUUAUUAUUAUGAAAAGUUGUUUUACUGAGAUAGAUAUCAAUGUACCAUCACAUUUGUAUAAUUUUUUAUAUUUUGUUUAAAAAAAAAAUUUUUAUUAAACUUGUGAUAUGUAAUUUUUAUUGGUUAUCUUAGAGAACCAAUAUUUGUAGCAAUCAUUGAUAAAUUUAAUUUUAUUAAUUGAUAAAUAAUAAGUAAGGGGUAUAAAUUUAAUUUUGUUUUACAGUUUCGAAAAAUUGAUUGUUAAACAUGCAUAUUUAUUUACGUUUAUUAGUGUUUCAUCUUUAGGUUCCAGUAUAUUAUUUCUGGAUAAUCAGUCAAAAGAUUAUAGUUUAAAAAUGAAAACCAUUUCUUCAUUGUAGUAUGAGAAUUAUAAUUAGAGCUUGCUGUUUAAAUCAUAUAAACACCUGCAAUUGAAAACAGUAAUAUACAAUUAACAGCGAUUUUUAGUUAAUUGAGGUAUUAGCAACAGCAUUUAUGUUCUAUUCGCUUCCUUUCAUUGUAUUUUUUGCAGUUUGAGUGAAGAUAAUUGAAAUUCCUAAUUUUUGGCUGUUAAUUCAAAGUGCCAUAAGGUCUAAGUGUUUAAUUGAUAAAUUAUAAUAGUGUUACUUUGUGUAAUUGUUUAUCUUUAGAUUGUGUUCUGAAUAUAUGUUUAGGACUUAAAAUAUUGCUUUAAAAAAAAUUGACAUAUUAACUUACAAUAGAUAAAAAUCCACAUUGUUUAUAUCAAAAGGCCCACUUGCUGGACUGCUUCCCUCCCUCCAACAACUGCAAUGGUAUCGUGGGUUUAUGGGUUUAGUACAUAUCGUGGGUUUAUUGCAAAAAGUCACUUAGUAACAUUAUAUGAAAUUGAAUCACAGUUGAUUGAUUGAGUACAUUGAUGAAUUUUUCCUUUGUGAAAUAAGAACAUUGUGCAAUUAUAUACGAUAAAUAACUUUGUGUCAUUUCCAUACAAUUACAGUAUUUUUUUAACAAACAAAUUUUUUUUUGUAUUUAUGUUAUAAUUUUUAAAUCUUCCUUCAAUCUUUGUGCAUAUUUUUGUAAUUUGUCAAUGCAUAUUUCCCUUGUAUUUAGUAUUAUUUUGAAUUAAUUUUGUUGGAGGGUUACUUUCCAGACUUUUAUUCAUUCUACUUUGGUUAGGUGGCUGAACAUCAUUUAAUGCUCCCUAACUUUUUUUUCUGAAAUUUUAUUAUGUUUCUAGAUUUAGUUAAGCUUGUUUUUAUCAAUGAUAUCAUGGACAAUUAAAAUAUGUGUUUUACAAUUUUUUUCUUUCUUUGAUUAACAAACUUAGUUUACACUAUCAAUUUUUUAAUGCAACAUUUUUGAAGUAAAAUUAUUCUCUUUGACAACACAGCCACACUGCGAAAACCUAAAAGGUACAAACUUAUUAGGCAAUGUGGUUUUGAGCUUCUCUGCUCAAUCUUGACCUCACAUAUAUCCAGAAAUAAUAACCAGAAUAACUCUUUGUCUUAUGUUUGAAGUAAAAAUCAAACAGAAAAUCUGGUUUGACUUAUGAAUAGUUUUUUUCACUUGCAGGCUUUCGCAGUGUUUAUAUUUAUAUAUAUUUUUAUAAUUAUCACAAUAGUUAUUAAAUAUGGGGAGAAAAAUUAGAUAGAUAUGAUUAUUAUAAUAUGUACUCAUUGAGGCUGUGUAAUUUUAGGUGUUAUUGUACAAACUGUAAUUAUCACAUCACUUAAUAAUACUUUAAUAUUAUAAAGAUUUGUUAAUUUGUGCAACACUUUGUGUUAUGCAAUUGUUUAUAAACCAUGUUCACUUAUUCCAUUUAAGAGACAUUUAUAACAUUCUGAAAAAUAGUUAUUUGUGGCCAUUAAAUUAUGUUAGUAAUUAAUGCUCUUACUAGUAAUAGAUUGUAAAUUUCUGUCAAAAGUGUCUUAAUUUAUCCUUGUGUAUUUGUAAUACCGUGUAUAUAAUAUAUUAUAUAAAACUUUUAUAC